CUGCAAGAUGCGCAAGAGGCUCACAAUUCAACUUUCGCGCUUCUUGCCACUCAUGAGCCAAGCGACUUCGACGACGACGGCCACCACCGAGUGCUUCUUCAAUGGCUGCACCAACAGCGUCAUGCACGGGUCAUGGAAGUGCGAGUUCCACAAGAACCGCGCCAAGUGCACGGGCUCGUCCACGUGCCACAACCAGGUCUUUGCCCGCAACCUCUGCGUGCGCCACGGCGGCAAGAAGCCCUGCAUCCACUCGGGCUGCACGGGCAACGCGCGCAUUGGCAACUACUGCUCGCGCCACGGCGCGUCGACCUCCAAGAAGAUGUGCACCGAAGAGGGCUGCACCAAGGUCGCCCACGCCCGCCAAAAGUGCGUGCGCCACGGCGGCGGCCGGCGCUGCCGCAUUGAGGCCUGCGAAGCGCACGCGCGCAACGGCGGCUUUUGCUUCCGCCACAGCCGCCUCCAGGCCGCGGGCUUUUCGCUCAAGGAGCGCAUCGAUAUGACGCCGCCGACGACACCGCCGCCGACGACCAAAGCCGCGCAAACCUUUAUGAGCCUCAUGCCCGUCAUCAAGGACGAAGCGACGCCCGUGAUGCCGAGCUACGAGUGGAAGCCCAUGAUGGACGUGACCGAGUCGGACGAGAUGCUCAUGGAAAUCUUCCUCGGCAAGCCGACACCGAUGCACACGUUCGAGCUGCACGACGACGUCUUCAGCCACGAAGCCUUCUUCGACCCCAUGAUGUCGCUCGUCGACAUUGACGGCAUCCCCGUCGGCACGUGGAUCUAAGCCACGACACCGUUCUUAUUUAUGAUUCUUAUACACUAUUGUUGCCCAACGA